AUGCAAUUAGAAAAUGAUCAAAUUGGUAAAAUUGAAGUUCAGUGGAAGAAUAUUUUAAAUGUAAAAUGGAUUGAACACACAAACACUCAAAAGUUUUGGAGCGAAGUUUCAAAUUAUCGUGAUGCCUCUGGAUCGAAUCUAUUCUCAGAACUUAGUGAAUUUGCUACAAGAUUGCUCGUGUUACCUUGGUCUAAUGCCGAAGUGGAGCGACUUUUCAGUCAAAUGAACCUAGCGAAGACAAAAAUCCGUAACCUGGCUAUUAGAUUCACUUCUUACAAUAAGAGCCGGAUUACGGAGACACACAAAAUGUUGUUCGGAUUAUGA